UACAGGGGAGACUGAGCAGUGCCUCUUCCUCUGACCUGAUUUUAACGUUUCGUGUUGAUGUCAGCAGUCUGCGUGUAUCUCGCCGUCUGAUGAAAGGUUGUUAGGAUGCGAUAAGCGUAUUCUAGUGGGGGAAAGUGUCCAAAAUCCCCUUUAUUUCGAGUGCGAAGACAGGACAACACGCCACGGCACUAGUAACGUUAGUUACUAGCAACAGCGGCUCUCUGUUUUUUUCGUCGAAAGAUGCCCGGUCCCUCCUGUUCUCUCAUCUGAAGACCGUAGAAGAGAAGUCUAGUUUAGUGAUGAAACAGGACCCGUUGACCAGAGGGGGUAACACGGGUACACCCCUGCCAGGGAGGGGAGACUCUAUGGGGGUAUCGCUGCUAGGCAGCACCCCUUCUUCCUCCUCCAUCUCUUCAAUCUCCUCCCUCUCUUCCUUCAUCUCUUCAUCUUCCUCUGGGGAAGAAAGGAGAAAGGGAGGUGGUGAGGAGUUUAUUGGCAGAGAGGAGGGGGAGGUGGUCAGCAUUUCCAUAGUUACCAUAGCGGAGGAGUCCUGCCCCUCGGAACCGUUCGGAACUGUUGGCGGUCACGUCGAGGUAACAGCCGAUGAGAGCGCGGCUAGGGAAAGAGAUGGCCAAUCAAAAACCUCCCACAGUACACAGACUGAAGAAGAGGGGGAGCGGAAUGGAGAGGAAGAGGAAUGUAGAAAGGAGGAUGAUGAGAACGAGCAAGGAGAUGAAGGCGAGGAAGCAGAAGAGAUGGGUGAAGACGAGAGUGACCGUUCUGCCCUGUUAGAAGAGGAGGAGGAAGAGGAAAGGAACCAGGUGUUUGUCUCGGAUGAGAACACUGAGUUGAUGUCGGACAGACUGAACCCUGAAACACCUUGGACACUCCUCAACAUCAAGAUGAAGAGGAAGUUGGACCAUGGACCAGACAUCAGGCCUUUCCCUUCAGGCAAGAAACACUGCAAAGGUUCCAACUACCUCAGUCCCUCCAGUUUCGUUUCAUUCCAGACCACGCCCACUACCUUUGGGGACCUGCGAGCAGCCAAUGGGCAUUCAGCUCAGCGGAGACGUGUGACUUCAGGUCCGUCCCCCUCCGGCCUGCAGGACUGGCUGCACACCUUCCAGGCGUGGAGUGGUCCUGAGCGUCUAUUGGCUCUGGAUGAGUUGAUUGACAGCUGUGAGUCCAAUCAGGUGAAGCACAUGAUGCAGGUUAUUGAGCCUCAGUUCCAACGAGACUUCAUCUCCCUGCUGCCCAAAGAGUUGGCCCUGUAUGUCCUGAUGUUCCUGGAGCCCAGAGACCUGAUGCAUGCUGCUCAGACCUGUUCCUAUUGGAGGAUACUCGCUGAGGAUAACCUGCUGUGGAGGGAUAAGUGUAGGGAGGAGGGUAUUGAAGAGCCCCUGGUUGUGAAGAGAAGAAAGACUCUUAAACCUGGGUUCCUCCACUCGCCCUGGAAGAGUGCCUACGUACAACAACACAGGAUAGAGAGCAACUGGAGGACUGGGGAUAUCACCUCACCUAAGGUGUUAAAAGGUCAUGAUGAUCAUGUGAUCACGUGUCUGCAGUUCUGUGGUGACCUCAUAGUCAGUGGUUCUGACGACAACACUCUCAAAGUCUGGUCUGCCCUCACCGGCAAGUGUCUGCGUACAUUAGUAGGCCAUACAGGAGGCGUGUGGUCCAGUCAGAUGAGUGGUAACAUUGUGAUCAGUGGGUCGACAGACAGAACUCUGAAGGUUUGGGAUGCAGAGAGCGGAGAGUGUGUUCACACCCUGUACGGACACACCUCUACUGUACGCUGCAUACACCUGCAUGACAAACAGGUUGUGAGCGGUAGCCGUGACGCUACGUUGCGUCUGUGGGACGUAGAUUCUGGCGAGUGUCUCCACGUCCUGACGGGUCAUGUGGCGGCGGUGAGGUGUGUCCAGUAUGACGGCCGCAGGGUGGUCAGCGGAGGAUACGACUUCAUGGUUAAAGUCUGGGACCCUGAGACAGAGACCUGUCUACACACUCUGCAGGGACACACUAACAGAGUCUAUUCACUACAGUUUGACGGUGCCUACGUGGUCAGUGGAUCUCUGGACACCUCCAUCAGAGUAUGGGACGUAGUGACGGGAGGGUGUGUCCACACGCUGACCGGCCACCAAUCACUGACCAGCGGUAUGGAACUAAAGAACAACAUCCUGGUGUCUGGCAACGCUGACUCUACUGUCAGGGUCUGGGAUAUACGGACAGGACAGUGUCUCCACACACUGCAAGGUCCCCAUAAGCACCAGUCAGCAGUGACCUGUCUCCAGUUCUCUCGCUCCCUGGUGGUCUCUUCAUCAGAUGACGGGACAGUGAAGCUGUGGAGCCUGGCGACGGGGGAGUGGAUCAGAGACCUGGUGGCUCUGCAGAGUGGAGGAUCAGGGGGAGUGGUGUGGAGGAUCAGGGCAUCUAACACCAGGCUGGUAGCAGCCGUUGGCAGCAGGAACGGAACAGAGGAGACUAAACUCGUGGUGCUGGACUUUGACCUCACUGACACCCAGAAGUGAUGUCAUCAAAGAUGAGAGGAUGUCAUUGGAUAAGGAUUCCAGGAAACCAAAGAGGGACCUAAUAUCCUCAUAGGUGGAAGGAGAACUUGUAAUGAUGAUAAAAGGGGUGAGGAGAAGGUGUCGUUUGACAGAGGACUAUGUCAGAAUCCUCCUAUGGAAGGAGACACCAAUAUACCACAAACCAGGAGACGACUCAGAACUGUCUCCCAUUUCCUCACCACGUCCCUGCGGAACCAAACUCUCAUAUUUUCCUGCUGACCAUUUAAACACUGCUGGACACUGGUAUGGUGAAGAGACGAAGACCAACUUUGAAUCUUCUGCGACCGGAGGAAUCCAUGAGAGGUCUCACUGAGGUCAUGCUACUAACUGGCCUCCUGACCGACCGUCCGCUAUUGCUGGAU